CAACCAUGUCUUUCACUACCUUUUGUUUCAGUUUCGUGUUUUUAAAUUUCUUUGUGUAAUCUUUUAUUGACUGCCUCCCCGCUUCUCCCUGUCUCCCCCUGCAGGCAAAGUCGUGUAUCUGCCACAUGUGCGGCGCCCACCUGAACAGACUCCACUCCUGUCUCUACUGCGUCUUCUUCGGCUGUUUCACAAAGAAACACAUCCACGAACACGCCAAAAGUAAAAGGCACAACCUAGCUAUAGACUUGCUGUACGGCGGCAUUUACUGCUUCGUGUGUCAGGACUACAUUUACGACAAGGACAUGGAGCAGAUCGCCAAAGAGGAGCAGAGGAAGGCCUGGAAGAUGCAAGGUCUGCGGGGCCUCAUCAACCUUGGCAACACGUGCUUCAUGAACUGCAUCGUGCAGGCUCUCACGCACACACCGCUGCUCCGCGACUUCUUCCUGUCCGACCGACACAAGUGCGAGAUGCAGUCUGACUCGUGCCUCGUCUGUGAGAUGUCACAGCUCUUCCAGGAGUUCUACUCGGGCCACCGCUCACCCCACAUCCCCUUCCGCCUGCUGCACCUGGUGUGGACGCACGCACGCCACCUGGCUGGCUACGAACAGCAGGACGCCCACGAGUUCCUCAUCGCCGCCCUGGACGUGCUGCACCGGCACUGCAAGGGUGACGACAACAGUAAGAUGACCAAUAACCCCAACCACUGUAACUGCAUCAUCGACCAAAUCUUCACGGGCGGCCUGCAGUCUGAUGUCACCUGCCAAGUCUGCCACGGCGUCUCCACGACGAUAGACCCCUUCUGUGAUAUCAGCCUGGACCUGCCAGGGUCCUCUAUGCCCUUCUGGCCGCUGAGUCCCGGUGGCGAUGGAAAUGUGGUCAACGGGGAGAGUCAUCUCUCGGGCUCCACAACACUCACAGACUGCCUGCGGAGGUUCACGCGACCAGAGCACCUCGGUAGCAGUGCCAAAAUCAAGUGUGGCGGUUGCCAUAGUUACCAGGAGUCCACCAAGCAGCUGACGAUGAAGAAGCUGCCCAUCGUGGCAUGUUUCCACCUCAAACGCUUCGAACACUCGGCCAAGCUGCGGAGGAAGAUCACCACCUACGUGUCCUUCCCGCUGGAGCUGGACAUGACGCCCUUCAUGGCCUCCAGUAAAGAGAGCAGAAUGAACGGACAGUACCAGCAGCCCCUGGACACGUUAAACAAUGACAAUAAGUACUCGCUAUUUGCCGUCGUCAAUCACCAGGGCACCCUGGAGAGCGGACAUUACACGAGCUUCAUCCGCCAGCACAGGGACCAGUGGUUCAAGUGUGACGACGCCGUCAUCACGAAGGCCACCAUCAAGGACGUGCUGGACAGCGAAGGGUAUCUUUUAUUUUAUCACAAGCAAUUCCUUGAAUAUGAGUAGCUUUCACCCUGAGCCAGGGAAAGAUGUGUCCCAAAGGGAAUGAAAUGCAGCGCACAGACCUACCUGGAACUCCAGCUUAAGACCGUUUUUCAGCUGCGGGUGAUCAAACGGAAAACGACAAGCGAAUCAUGCGAACGUCCUGCAAUCCUGCACUGCUACAGUCCAUCUGACUCGGAAGAGGAAGGAAGUUACCAGGACCAGCCGAGGCCCAGGAAGAUUUCACGUCCUGUAUCUGCUCCAGGCACCGGAAUGGAUGUCGGCAGAUGGAUGGAUGGAUGUGUGGAGCUACAAGUGGGUGCAUCUCACCACCUUUUACAGUAUUUUCGGACACACCCCCCACCCCUCCAUGGUGCUCAAGAUCCAACUGACCAAACAUUGUGGCAGUCACAAUGGAAUGGAUUAGGUUUGUGUGCGUGUGUGUGUCCGUGUGUGUGUAUGUGUGUGCGCGCGUGUUUUUUUUUUUUUUUUUUUAAUGCUUGAUCUUAUGCAUUUCCGUCUGAAUGCACAAAUCUGACACUAUAGUAUUAUGAAUGUCGCAAGAAUGUUUUUUUUUGUUUGUUUCGACAAUGUACGAUUUGUGAAUUCGUUUAUGAAAUACUGUAUGACUCUAUAUCUAUUUUUACAAAGAGAGAGCGAGAAAUACUUGUGGGAGAGCAGUUCCACCGAGACAGUGUUUAUUUCUGUACAAUCCGUAGAUCCAGGCUGGGUGGGGUCCUUUCCGGAUGUUAGGGCAGUGGGUGUCACUACUCAGUGACAGGGACCUGAACGUACCUCAGCUUCCCCAACCCCCUUUUCAUUCAUUAAGUCCCUAAUUGCCACCCCCCCCCCCCCAUCUCUCAUUCAUCAGAGUGCUGUCAUGUUAUGGUACUGAUUUAGUUCAUGGGUGUUAAUUAUAUAUGAUAUUAUAUAUAAAAGAAUAUAAUAUUAUAUAAUAUUUGUUGUGAAGAUGUUUUGGUAUUAUGACACUAGUGAUGAUGAUGAUGACGGUUCUUCGUAGUAUUAAACGAUUUCACCUAAAACAAGAUAUAUCAAUUAAGGAAUGCACCCCCCCAACAAAGUAUUUUAGCAUGCUGUGGGACACCUUUCUGGGUUCGAGCCCCUUAGAAGCACAUUGCAGUGGUUUAGACUAUUGCCUUUUCAGCUCGCUGAUGAGGUCUCAGGAUAUGAAAUGUCACCAUUUCAGGGCCCCGUGUGAAAAUCACCACUGCAGAGUGAGUCUGCUGCCCUCUAGAGCCCACAGUGUGUAUCAUCUGCCACAGGGGCCAGUAUCUACUGCCUGUGUUCUUUUGUUACAUUUUGUUCUACGUUUGUCUGGGUGAACAGUUGAUGUGCAUGGACUGCUUCGCAUUCGUGUAUCGAUCCUGCAGUGCUGCAGUAGCAAUGCAGCAUGACUGACUCUAUGCAGUAUUGCGACAUGGUGCCGGGUUAAUCACAUGACACAGUGCUGCCCUGGGCCUCUGUAGCCUGCAUGUCUGUAGGUUUUAUUGUAAUUGUCACCUGUUAUGUUGCCACAAGGGGGCAGUGUGUGUGUGUUCACGCUGUGCUGUGGGCUGUGACCUCUGUGUCACCAGCCUGAGAAACGAUGUUCAGGGAAUGAACUGAAGCUUCUCCAUUAUUCAUAUUUGAAUUAUUUGAAUUUUUUUUUAUUUUUAUUUUUCCGAAGGAGAGCUUUGUCUUUUGUCUCAGUGAUUAAAAGCAAUUUGGGGAACUGGAAUAAAUCUCAAAUUCCUG